AUGGCCGCGAAACAAAAUCCUGUUGUUCAGGAUGAACAAACAACAGAUGAUAUUCCAUUGACAUCGUUAGAAGAAAGCCUUUUUAGCUCUGAGAAACUUGAUCGUGCUUCUCCAGAAUUAUGGCCUGAACAAAUUCCGGGAGUGUCAGAAUUUGCGCCUUUGCCUAAUAGCAACCAAUCACCUCCAGCAUGGAACCGAGGGGUCACUAAAGAGGAUUGUAAUUAUAUGCAACAGUUGGGAUCCUUGUCUACUAGUGGUUUAAUCAUGGAAGUUAAGAAACUUCAUGAUUUAGCCUAUCAGCUGGGACUGGAGGAAGCCAAGGAAAUGACUAGAGGGAAAUACUUGAAUAUAUUCUCUUCACGGCGGCAGCGGUGA